GUUUUUGUGACAUGAAAAAAGUAAGCGAAGAUGGUGAAGGGAGUGCUAUCCAAGUGCCAAUUAGUCGUGACCAUGGUUUGAAAGAACCGCUUCAAGUGAGGGCAAAGGGUUGUGGUAAACGACUCAAGGGAGGGAAAGAAAAGGCUGCCAAGAAGGCUAGGCGUUGUCACGGUUGUGGGUUAACAGGGCAAUCGCACGACAAAAGGAAUUGUCCAAAACUUCUCAGCACCUCUUCGCAAAAUGCUAGGUUGAAUGACAAAGACGAAGACGACGACGACGGCAUUGACUAUGCUGAUGCCGAUGAUUCAGCAUUGAUGUUGUAUUCUGAAACCUCAAAACAAAGUGGGGCACAUAGGGAAAAUUCAAACAUGAACUUUUCACCUCAACCACCUUCACAAUAG